GCUGGAAAGGGAAAAUGCUCUGCUGCGUUGCGGCGGCCCGCCUAACCCGCUGGACAAAGAGAUCGAGGAUAUCAUGGGGAAGGUCGACAACUUCACCGAGCUUGGAAUGGCAAAGCUGGGCGCAGCGCCCGUGACUGUUGGAAGAGGCCAGCCUACUUUGCCAAAGAAGACGGCCGAGCCCUUCCAGCGGGAGUUGACGCUGCCGACGCUCCAGGGAGAUUCCUCGGAGCCGGCAUCAAGCAUUGUGAGCCGAGCAGAGUCACCGAGAAGUGACAUGCUGCCGCAAUCGCCCGCUGCUGAAAGUGAGCAGCUCGAUUCUCUACAGCGAAUAACGCUGCGGAAGCGAAGUACUCUCCAUGACUUCUCCAUCAUGAAGGUACAAACGGUGAACCCAACGCAACCCUCGGCUGUGAAGCCUUGGUACGUGAUCAACCCUGCGAGAUGUCCCAUGGGCGGAGCAUGGCAGAUCCUCGUGUGUGCGUCCCUGAUCUUCGUGGCCUUAGUCACGCCGGUGCAGGUCUGCUUGCUGCAGGUGCGGUACAACGCUGCGUUCUUCGUGAGCGUGCUGGUGGACUUCAUCUUCUUCAUCGACAUGAUGCUGCAGUUCUGCACCGCCUACACGAGGAACACGCCUUCGGGCGUGGUUUUGGAGGUGCGGCUGAACAAGAUCGUCUCCCGGUACGUGAAGACCUGGUUUGUCUUGGACUUCGUGACGCUGAUCCCCUUCGAUGUUUUUGCACCCGCAGAAACGGAAACAACCUCAGGCUACAGCAGCGUGAAGGUUCUUCGGGCCCUUCGACUGCUGAAGCUGAUCCGGCUGGCACGGCGAUCGCUGUGGAUGGAGGAGCAGGAGGCUCUUCGAUCGAUCCCCUAUCAGCAACUCGCCUUGGGACGCUUCCUCCUGGUCUUAGGGCUGAUGUGCCAUUGGCUUGCGUGCCUCUGGGCACUGACACUGCAGCUGGUCGAGGACAAAUACCCGCAGUGGAUUGACGAUAUCCAAGAGUCCGAUCUUGAGCAUUUUGGAGUUGAUACUCGGGACUCCCCGUACCGAGUCUAUGUGGCCUCCUUCUUCUUCUGCGCGUACACAGUCACGUCUGUCGGCUAUGGCGACAUCGCACCUCAAAACCUACUCGAACGGGUGGUCGGAUCUGUGGUGGUUCUCAUCUCUGGCCUUGCCUGGGCCUACAUCAUCGGUGAGGUCGGUGCCAUCGUCGACGAUUUAACCCACGAGAGCCAGGAGUUCCGACAGCGCAUGCACCGCUUGAACACGAUGAUGGGAGACCAGGGGCUCGAGCCGGACCUGCAAUGCCGACUUCGGCGAUACUUCUUGCAGAACAGGCACCAGUCCGUCUUCAAGGAGCGGCAAGCUCUGAUGGAGAGGAUGAGUCCACAGUUGCGAGCCGAAGCGUGCAUUGCAAUCAACGGCGUUUGGCUCCAAAAGGUGCCUUUCUUCAAGCAGUUCAUCAGCCAUAUCAAGCGCUUGGAGCAGCAAGAUCGCUACACUGGGCCUGAGGAAGCCUGCGUGGCGGACAUCUCCAAGAAACUCCAGCUUCAAGCCUUUGCACAGGAGGAGUCUUUCGACAACAUGCAGGUCCUCUUCAUCCUCUCGCGGGGCAUGCUGGCCGUGUUCUGCCAUAAGAGCCACAUCUUCACGGACGAUCACAGUCGGAAGUAUGGCUUCAAAGCACCUGGAGAAGUCUGGGGAGAAGAUUUCGUCUUGUCGGACGUCUCCUUGAUCCGCACGCAGACCGGCUACGCCCUGACCUACUGCGAAGUCCUGUCGCUCACGCACCACGACUUCAUGCAGGUUCUCCAGCGGCGGCGCCAAUCUUGUCCAGAACUCUGGGACAUCGUCCGGCGCUACACGAUAUGGCUCGCCGCACGUCGGGGCAUCUUCGCGGAAGCGCGGCGAAGGAUCCGACAGAGGCAGAAAAAGUCGGAAAGAGCGGAGAAGGCGGCCCGGAACUCUACGUCAUCGACGAAAA